AUGGAGCUGAUCAUUACCCAGUCCGAACGUUAUGCCUUCCAAAAAAAUGAGCCUUUGUUUUCGCUUGACAAAGGAAAAUUGAAAUGUUUCCUGGCGAUCCUAAUUUUAUCAGGAUAUAAUCAACUCCCCAGUGAACGGCACUACUGGGAUUCUGAGAAAGACAUGAACCACCAACUCGUCAGUGGAGCCAUGCGAAGGGAUAGAUUUCUUGAGAUCAAGCGAUUCCUUCAUUUGAACGAUAAUGACGACCAAGAUUCAGACAAACUGUAUAAAUUACGACCCCUCAUCCAGGCACUCAAAACUCGGUUUUUGAAAUUUUUCGUACCAUCCCAAAACCUUUCGUAUGACGAGUGUAUGGUCAAGUACUUUGGAAAACAUUCUUCCAAACAGUGCAUUCGAAACAAACCUAUACGCUUCGGCUAUAAAGUUUGGUGCCUAAAUGCUGUGAAUGGGUACCUUGUGAACUUCGACAUAUACACAGGGAAAAACAACAACGUGACCACUGAACAAGAAAAGGCUUUUGGUAAAGCUACAGCGCCUCUGAUCAACAUGUUGGAUGAUAUUCCUAGUGAAAUUUAA